CUACUCGACAGUCGACAGCCAGUCAAUGUUUUGAAACUUUCACUCGCACGUUUUUACUUCCUAAUUUAUUAGUAUCGACCGAUUAAAUUGGAAAAAAUAUGGAGGGCUCGUACGAUGAAAUUGUCUCCGAAAAUCCAUUCUUUGUGGAGUUUAAAAAUGAAUACACAAAUUUAUUUCAACAUUGCAUCGCGCAGUCAUGGAUAAUAUGUGUGCCUCGAAUCGGAAGUUUAACGUCAAGAGUUUUUGCAAUUGAAGAUUUCUGUGCUCAUAUACUCGUUCCUAGUGACGAAUUGCCGGAAUCGCACUACAGCACACUUACAGAAAAACAGGUGACAGUGGCUAAUAAAGUGAUUACACUUGAAGUUACGAAGGGCUUACCUUUACAAAGCCACAUCCUUUUUGAAGAGACAUUUUAUACAGAAGACUUCAUCAAAUAUAAGGUAUGGUGCAUAGAAUCUCCACUCGAACCCACCACAAAGACAGGAGAUAAUUUGACUACAAAAGAAUAUCUUGCAUCAAUAAAUGAUUGCAUUGACUUAUUAUGGACACAAGCAGCAGGCAGGCAAGUACUUGACCAAAUAGAACAAAGUGUGCAAUUGUUUUUAAAGAAACAACCUUUACCAAUUGCUAUUGGACCUCUCAGAGAUUCUAUAAGUGAGUUGUACACGCAGUGCCUCCAAUAUGCAUUACAAAAUAGAAGAUUAAGAGAAAAAUCAAAAUCAUGCAAAAUGACACUUGAGAAUAUUAAAAUUGCUGUAGAAUGUUACAUGCAGCAGCUAUUAUUUGGAAGCAUAUUCAAACAUAUUUGUACUUUCGGUGCUUAUGAGGACUCUCAUCUUAAUAAGAAGAUAAGAAACAUGAAUGACAUUCAACUUAAAGAUUUAGAUAUCAAGAAAGAACUUUUCCACUCUGUGCCAAAAGCUAAACAAAUACUGUCCAAAAUUGACACAUUUAAUACAGUUUUAGAAAAAGUUUUAUGUUUAAAACAAGCACUAAAUGCAAUAAAUGAGAUUGACAGUAGCAACAACAUUGUUCUGUUAACAGCAGAUGAUCUGUUACCUGUUUUUGUUUUUCUUGUAAUUAAGUCAGGAUUACCAAAUUGGUACAGCCAGCUCACUUACAUGAAAGAGUUCCGUUUCAGUGGAGUAGGCAGGGGUGAUGGUGAUGAGAGCACUUUUCUCAUCACUACUUUAGAAGCUGUUAUAGAGCAUAUACAGUCAGGAGCUCUAUCAGGUCCUCCAAAUCCUGAAUCUUAUUAUUAUGAAAGUAAUCUAGCUGAAGAAAAUGUUAAUGGUAGACAAAGAAAGAAUAGUUUAACUGAAUCAAUAUCAACAUCUGAUACAAACCCUAGAGAUGAAACUUUAGAACAUGUAUUUGAAUUGAUAAAAGCUAAUCAUUCUGAACAAGUUCAAGCAAUACUGUUGAGGAACAAAAGGAAUCUAGAGAGUAUUAAAGAAAAUGUGAAUGAUAUUUUGAAAGUAUCAUUAGAUAAAGAGUUUGAUGAUAUAGAUGAUGAUAGUGAAAGUGAAUCAGAGUUAUAUGAAAAAUUGUGUCACCCACUAUGUAACUGCAAAAGAUGUUGCAGUAAAAUCUCCAAAAAUCUGUUAAAAACCUCACCGACUGUGGCUUCUAGGGAUGGUCAUGGUCUUACACCCUUACAUGUUGCUAGUAUCCAUGGGAAAGCAACCAUAGUGGAAUUAUUAAUUGAAAUGGAUGCAGAGAUAGAUGCCACAGACCUCAAUGAAUGCACACCAUUACACUAUGCAGCUACCAGAGGACACCAGAAUGCAUUGUUAUUAUUAUUACAUUCUGGAGCUAAUAUAAACCAAACAAACAUUGAUAAGAAUACCCCACUGCAUUUGUGUGUCAAUAACGGCCAUUUAAAUUGUGUCAAGGCUCUUAUCUAUUUUGCAGAACAUUGUAGGAUAAAGCUCAUGAUAAAUUCUACCAACGAAAAUGGUAACACUCCUCUACAUUUAGCUUCUAAAUGGGGCUAUGAGGGUAUUGCUAGACUACUUAUAGAGAAUGGAGCAGAGCCGUCUCUACAAAAUCGUCAUAAUAAAACUUCAUUUGACUAUGCUCAUAAUUUAAAAAUUUUACAAGUACUUAAGUCUGUGACUCCAAAUUUAUAUGAAUACAUACAUAUCACAAGUACUGAUGUCAAAACUUUAAAGUUCUCUGACAACUCCCUAAACUUGAAACAGCUAAAGUCAAAGUUCAAAAUUCAUGAAAAUAACACAAGCAAAACAGUUGAGAAUUUAAAAACAAUUGAGAGAAUAUUGAAAGCUAUUUCCUUUGGUGAUGUCAAGCUGGCUUGCUUUUAUAUGAAUAUUGACUACUUAUCCUAUAAAGAUAAUAAAUCAAACAAAGCACUAUGUCACCCUUUAUGUGAAUGUCAGUCAUGUAAGAAAACUAAAGGGACACAAACCGAUUAUGAUGUUAAUUACCCAGAUUCCAAUGGUUUAACAGCGUUACAUUGUGCAGCGAGGUAUGGCUUAGAUGAGUUAAGCAACAUCCUGAUACUGAAUAAUGCAAAUGUCAAUUGUCAGAAUAAGAGGGGUCAAACACCACUACACUUAGCAGCCUUAAAUAAUAAACCUGUAGUAAUAAAUCUUCUUUUAAACAAUGGAGCCAACAUAAAUGCAAUAGACCAUUCAGGGAAUACACCCUUACAUGACGCAUCCGAAAUGGGUAAUAUUGGAGCUGCUAAGGUAUUAUUAAAUUACAACCCUGAUAUUACAAUGUUUAAUGGAUCUGAGAAAACUGCUCUCAGUGUAGCCAAAGAAAAAGUUCAUUUAACUAUCAUUGAUUUGAUAGAGAAACAUGCCAGUAAAUUAUGAGGACUGAUAUAUUAAUAAUACCUUUUAUCACAAAGUUGUUUGGGGUAUUUUAUAAGUUAUAUUUAUCUGUAUGUGUAUAUUGGAUAACAUUAUUGGUUUAGUAUUUUUAAGUAUACUUCUAAAAUAACAUUCCAUAACUAUUAUUCCAUUAAAUUACUUCAAUGCUGAACUACAUAAAGUAAUUAUGGUUAUUCCAAGCUAGAUACUAUCAAACUAAACAUGUUUAAAGGAAAAUAUUGGUGAAACAUGUAUAUUUAUAACUUAUUUUUAUACCAAAACUUACUUACGCCUUUGUGCCAUAAAAAGACUAAUACACCCUAUAAUGUAAGAAUAAGACUGAUAAUUAUUUAAUUAGACUCCAAUAAUAAUAGAUUGU